GGCGGAGCGGAGCGGCGAAGGGGAAGGCGCGCGCGCGCGCGCCGCUACCCGCCCGCCCUCGCGCUGAGGUAACGGCGUCCUGUAACGGUGGAGAGAGGAGGCAGACGGGCGGGCGCCGCUGUGAGGAGCCGCCAGCCCAGCCCUGCCCAGCCCACCCUCGGGGCUGAGGGUGCUGCGCUGCCCCCCCCCCGCCCCGUCCGUCCGUCCGUCCGUCCGUCCCCCGCGCCGCCCCGGGGCGCUAUGAGCCAUGAAGCCGCCCGGCAGCAUCUCCCUGCGGCAGCCUUCCUCCGGCGGCCGCCGCCUCCCCGCCGCCCGCCGCCCCACGCUACUGCCGCUCUUCGGCCACCUCGUCUCGCUGCUCCUGCUCUUCCAUGGCUCCUCCUGCCCCCGGGCCCGUGCGGCUGCAGCGGCCGCCGACCUGCAUUGGAAUGAAACGGCAGGCGGUAUAGAGGGAGUACUGGCAGAUGAAGGGAAUACAUUUCAACAGAAUAAAAGCAGUAACAGUAAAAAUAACAGCUACAGCAAUGCAAUCCAGAAAGAAAUCACGCUGCCUUCAAGACUAAUCUAUUACAUCAACAGAGACUCUGAAACCCCUUACCAUAUCCUGGAUACUAGGGCAAGGCACCAGCAGAAACAUGACAAGGCUGUACAUCUGGCCCAGGCAAGUUUCCAGAUUGAGGCCUUUGGCUCCAAAUUCAUCCUUGACCUCACAUUGAAUAAUGACUUGUUAUCUUCCAAUUAUGUGGAGAUUCACUAUGAAGAUGGCAAGCCAAAGUUUUCUAAGGGUGGAGAGCAUUGUUACUACCAUGGAAAUAUCAGAGGUGUCAAGGAUUCCAAAGUUGCUCUUUCAACUUGUAAUGGACUUCAUGGCAUGUUUGAAGAUAGUAUUUACUUGUACUUGAUAGAACCAAUGGAGCUGACCCACAGUGCAGAAGGUAAAAGUAGGCCACACAUCAUCCAAAGAUCUUACGGAACACAAGUCUCCAAGCAGUUGCAGGACCUUGAGACUGAAUCUAGUUCUGAAUGGCCCUUUCUAUCUGAACUACAGUGGCUGAGGAGAAGAAGAAAGAGGGCGGUAUCUCGUGGUGUUUUUGAAGAAAUGAAAUAUCUGGAGCUCAUGAUAGUCAAUGACCAUAAAAUGUUCAAAAAGCACCGUUCUUCAAAUGCAUACACAAACAAUUUUGCAAAGUCUGUGGUAAACCUUGUAGAUGCAAUAUACAAGGAACAGCUGAACACCAGGGUCGUUCUUGUGGCUGUGGAAACAUGGACAGACAGAGAUCGUAUUAAUAUUCACCCUGACCCUCUGCAGAUGCUUCAUGAUUUCUCCAAAUAUCGACAGCACUACAUCAAACAGCAUGCUGAUGCUGUGCACCUGCUCUCGAAUGUGACAUUUCAUUACAAAAGAAGCAGCUUAAGUUACUUUGGAGGGGUUUGCUCUGUGACCAGAGGAGUAGGAGUGAAUGAGUAUGGCCUCCCUUUGGCCAUGGCACAGGAACUAGCACAAAGUCUUGCUCAGAACCUUGGAAUACAAUGGGAGCCAGCUGCCAGGAAACCGAAGUGUGACUGCACUGAAUCCUGGGGUGGUUGCAUCAUGGAGGAAACAGGGGUAUUCCAUUCCAGAAAAUUCUCCAAAUGCAGCAUUGCAGAAUACAAAGAAUUUUUACUUCGUGGGGGAGGUGCCUGUCUUUUCAACAGGCCAACAAAGCUCUUUGAAACCACUGAGUGUGGAAAUGGAUAUGUAGAAGCAGGAGAAGAAUGUGAUUGCGGUUUCCGAAUGGAAUGCUAUGCAGACUGUUGUAAGAAGUGCUCUCUUUCUAAUGGAGCUCAUUGUAGUGAUGGACCCUGCUGUAAUACAUCAUGUCUUUUUUUCCCACGAGGCUACGACUGUCGAUACGCAGUGAAUGAAUGUGAUAUUGCAGAGUUCUGCACUGGAGAUUCUGGCCAGUGUCCACCAAAUCUUCAUAAACAAGAUGGGUAUGCCUGUGAUUCUAAUCAGGGUCGUUGCUAUAAUGGUGAAUGCAAGACAAGAGACAAUCAGUGCAAAUAUAUCUGGGGAUCUAAGUCUUCAGGAUCUGACAAAUUCUGUUAUGAAAAGCUUAAUACAGAAGGCACAAAAAAAGGAAACUGUGGAAAGGAUGGGGACCGAUGGAUUCAGUGUAGCAAACAUGAUGUUUUCUGUGGCUUUUUGCUCUGUACUAAUCUUACUAGAGUUCCACGAGUUGGUCAAAUUCAAGGAGAAAUUAUCCCAAAUUCUUUUUACCAUCAAGGACGAAUAGUGGACUGCAGUGGUGCUCAUGUUCUUUUAGAUGAUGAUACAGAUUUAGGUUAUGUGGAAGAUGGAGCUCCAUGUGGACCUCACAUGAUGUGUCUGGACAAAAAGUGCCUGCCAAUUCAGUCCUUGAACAUAAGCAGCUGUCCCAUUGGAUCUAAUGGAAAAGUCUGUUCCGGUCACGGGAUUUGUAGUAAUGAAGCCACUUGUAUUUGUAAUUUCUCCUGGGCUGGGACAGACUGCAGUAUUGAUGAUCCUAUCAGGGAUACUGGUAGCAAGAAGGAGGAAGGACCCAAGGGUCCUAGUGCCACCAAUCUUAUAAUAGGCUCCAUUGCUGGUGCCAUCCUGGUAGCAGCUAUUGUCCUUGGGGGGACAGGAUGGGGCUUUAAAAAUGUCAAAAAACGAAGGUUCGAUCCAAGUCAACAAGGCCCGAUCUGAAGAAAUGUGAUUCAAAAAGCUCCUUCUUGCACUACUGGAUUUGGAUCCUGUGAAAUAAUAAGCCUUAAAAUACUCACAAAAUGUUAAAAGCUUGGAACAAGUUGUCCUUCUUCUGCCUACCCACCCAACCUGGCUUGCGAAGGUGACGGACAUUUCUAACUCACUCCCUGUAUCUCAUUGAUGUAUCUCGCUCUUCAAAGUAUAAUGCAAAACUCAUACUUGGACCCUGGCUACUGAUAAGCUAGUCGCCAUCACUAAGUGUGCAAAACACCGUGUAAUUUCAGGGGCUGUGUGUUGUAAUUACUUUCAGCUGCACCUUGCGUACAAGCACAGGUUUUUGCCGAGAAGAGCUGGGCAGCAGCACUGUUCCCCCAGUGACCAGGCUGGCCUGGGUGUAUCUGGCUUGAGAAGGGUACAAGGAUGUCUAGUCUAGGCCCUCCUUAAAGUACAGAGCUGUACGGUCUGGUUCAUCCUUCUCAUCUUGAUCUAAAACCUGGGUAAUUCAGUUUAUGUAAGUGAAGCGACCUGAAAAUGUCACUGCUGGUUCCGAUAAUCAGAAUUAAAAACUUUUGUAAUUUUGGGUUUAGCUUAAAGGUUGGAUAUUGGUAACAAUGGAAGUCCAGCUGCACUACUUCCUCCAUCUUUGUUCAGUGGAAAUCCAUUUCCUGGGUUAGCUUUAAGAGCCAAAACAUCAAGAAAAUGCUGCAGCUUUCCUGUGACCUACAAAAUCUUGUUUCAAUUAUAUUUCUUAUUAUGAUAAUGUUCAGUCGAACAGUCUCACAAGAGAACUGCAAUAUAUUGUUUUGGUUGACAGUUAUUACUAAGUGUUUUUAAACAGCUUUAACAUAAUCACAUUAACACUUACUACGUUACGAGCUGAAGGUGCUGCGCACAGGUAGUCAACAUUGAUACAUAUUCUAAGUCUUAUUUUGAAAAAUUCCUGCCUGGUUUCAAGCAGAAUGGAGUUAGUGACAGUACUUUUAUGGCAAACCAAGAAUACUUGCAACUGUAUUAUUGUCCUCUAAAAGUACUUUGCUUGGGAACAUAAAUCCCCAGCAUUGUUAGGGUUCUGCUUCCAAAGCAAGCGUAACCCACAGCACAAACACUGAAGGUUACCAAAAAUUAAAAUAAGUAAAAUCAACGGGCUAUACAUAAGCUAUGUGUAUAGUAAACCUUUGAGAAGCAUUUCACAAACAACAUUGUUAGUGUGUGAUGUGAUGUUUUAAAUCAGACCACAGUGGUCCCCAACUACUAUGUACAUAGGUUCAGUGCUGGAGUAACUUUUUUACUUACACCAGCAGUUUCAUAGGAAUUAUGAUUUCUCGACUGAAUUUAUGCUCCACUCACCAGCCAUUGCUGCCUGUGGAAGAACACAUUUGCUUUCUGUCCUGUGUGUUCGCUGCACAAGUGACAGCACGGCUCAGAGUAGGUACAGGCGGGAGUGCUUCCUGCGGCGGUAGACCACUAAUUAAAAACCUGGGUUUGGUAGGUGUCGAUGUUCUACAGCCCGCCUUUGCCGUGCUUUGGGAAGUAUGUACGCAUUUAGUGCUAAUUUGUUCAUCACCAAGCAUCAUCAAAAGAAGACCUGGUCAGCACUGCCUCCAUUUCAUCCGCUAUACGUUUGCUCCAUCGUUUAUCUAUUCAUCUGGACAAGGAACUGUGGUAACUGCAUAGCUCGUUCCAGUUUGCUGCAUGAGCUCACCGAUUUGACCUCAUCCUCCUAAAAGAGCAGUCGCUAGGCAAAUUAACAGCUGUUUAGGUGCAUGUUAAAAGAAACCGAUUACUUAAGGCUGGAGUUUUACCAAUUUUUCUUUACUAUGCAAAGAUGGGUAUUGCACAAACAAAUUUAAGACAAAUGUCAGAGGAAAUGCCAAUGAAUACUUGAAGUUAUGUUUUAAGCCUAAUCAGUCAUGUUUUAUAUUCAUUAUUGCUUCCACUGUUACUCUUCCUUUUAAAAAUUAUUUGUAAUUAUUUUUUUAAGUGCACAACUUGAUGUUAUAAAUCAGUUUUUGUUUGAAGUUAAUACUCAUUCAUAUCUUGUUGGCUGCUAAUGAAUGGAAAUUCAAUAGACCUUGUUCUGCAUCUUAGCAAGAUGAGUAUUAAAAAGGUCAUGAACAUGGA